GGGAUGGAGACAGUGCCACACGGGCAGCAAGGGGAGGAGGCAGCAGCGGCUGGGCCGUCGCACGUGCACGAGGCAGGGGGAGGGGGAGCGGGCGAGGUUGUUCCUUCUCCCAUGCAAGCGGAAGGGGCAGGGGGGGCGCAUUGGUGCCGGUUGCAGGACAGCUGGAGCUAGCAGGCGGGGAGGUGGGAGCAGCAGCGGCGGGUGCGGAGGGGGCAGAAGCAGCAGGGGGUGAGGGGGAAGAGGAAGCAGCAGCAGACGCAGCAGCAGCGGCAGCGGCAGUGGCGGCGCACAUAGAGGCAGCGGAGCGGGUAGUGCUGCAGUCGCAGCUGCCGCAGCCGGUGCCGUCGCCUGCCGUGGGCAACCUGGCCGUCCUGCCCAUGCUGCUGGACCAGAUCGAGGCGCACAUCCUCUUCUACGGCCGCAUCUUUCGCAAGGAGCCGCUGGAGGAGGAGCUUCGAGACCUGGUGUUUGCCACCGUGCCGUCGCAGCUUGGCUCGCCCGACCACCAGCGCUGGAUUGAGGUGGCCGACGCCUGGCGCAGGCGCAGAGAGGCCGCCCCUGCCGCCCUCCUCAUGGACGGCGGCGGGGCGGCAGCGGGCGGCGGCAGCUAUGUGUCCCCGGACGGCGUGAGAGGCAGGGGCAGAGGCCGGGGGAGAGGCAGGGGGCGCAGGGGCAGACGCGGCAGCAUGCCCGCGUAUGGGUAUGGCGGGGGCAGGGAGUACGGCGGGUAUGGGGGGUAUGGGGGUUAUGGGGGGGCUGGAGGCGGGGAGGGGUAUGGGAUGGGGGAGAUGGGAGGGGGCAUGGGUGCGGAUGGCGGUAUGAUGGUGCCCAGCGCGUAUGGCGCCAUGGGUGGUGGCGAGUACCCCAUGCACAUGGGCAUGGACGGCAUGCCCAUGCCCAUGGAAGGCUAUGGCAUGGGCAUGGGCAUGGGCCCCUUGGCGCUGCAUGGCCAUGGGGGGAUGGGGGUGUUCGACGACGAGGGCUGGGACGCACCGGGGAUAGCCAUCCGGGCAGGGGGCGUGGCAGGGGGAGGGGCAGGGGGCGCGGGCGCGGGAGGGGCAGGGGGCGCAGCUGGCACCUAGUAGGAGUGGAGAUCGUCCCUGCGUAUGGGUCGGAUGGGGAGGAGAUGGCUGGCGACGGGGAAGAGAGAGGAGGAGGAGGGGGAGGGGAGGGUCGUCGAUGAGCAAGCGCCCGGUGGUGGCGUGGGCGGAAGUAUGGCCGGGGGAGCUGGAGGAGCUGGUCAACAGGAGGGACCACGCGGGGGUGGCUGCCGCCCAGGUGAUGACGGCGGCCGUGGUGGCACGGGCGGCGUCAGCGGCGGUGCGGGCGGCGGCAGAGGCGGUGACGGCGUUUAAGGAGAGGGCGGUGGCGGCGGCGUGGGGGGAGAAGCAGGGGGGGGCGGGGGCAAAUGGGGGGUAUGGGGGGCACGAGGUGCAUGGAGGGCAUGGGGGGUAUGGGGUGCGUGGAGCGGAUGCCAUGUGGCAGGAUGCUACUGGCCAGCCAGAGCCGUUUGCUCACUCCCCCUGGGCUCCUGAGCCCCCCCUCCCCCUCACGUCUAUGGCUAGCGUGGCGAGGGGCAG